AUGAAUCCUGGCGAGAGCCGUGCUAUUCAUCCGGAGGGGGAACUCUUCCUUGGUAAUAGUUCCAUCAACAAUCCCAACAUCAAUACCAACAACUUUCAUCCAGAGACCACCUCCGGCAGGCCCGGCGCAUCGAAGAUGGUUGAACCGUUACGCAUCAACAAGAGAGACUCGGCCAGCCCGCACUCAGCAACAAGUCCACCCAACAUCCCACUUCCAUAUCCCGAAGAUCGUCCGCGGCCCGGGCAGCUGCGUACGUCGAGCUCUCAAGAUGUGCACCCGGCAGAGGCGGCGUUGCGGUACAAUUCACCGCCGCCUGCCAGUGCGGGAUCAGGCUCGGGGUCAGUAAGUCCCGCAGACUAUCCGCUCGCACUGCGUCCCCGAGAUGGCCGCGAGCCACGGGUAGCAACCCUGGCAGAGCGUCGCGGUGCGGCACCCAAGCCGCUCCCCGAGUCACCGGGGCCCGAUGCGCCCGAUGCUGCGGCGCUCGCGGCGCGGACGUAUCCUCGUCCGCCGACGAACGCAGCCCCCAGCGACACGAUCGAAGCUCGCUACGACAAUCGCCAGCAGUACUAUCCACCACCGGUCAGCUCGACUUCCCGGCCCACUCGGUCGGGUUCAAGUCUGGCAGCGCCCUCGUCAUCGGGGAUUAAUCGCAUCAGCUCGACGGCGUCGACAUCGACGACCCGCGCACAGCGGGGAUCACCUCCACCGCCGGAAACACCCGUCGUGGGUCCCGGCCAGCAGCCAGGGUCCGAUAUCGAGGCUCGCUAUGCGGCCGCGGGAAUUGCGGGAACCGGUACCCUUGCGGGCAUACAGUCGCAGAGCUCGGCCGCUCAGAGGAGAGCAGAGCAGUAUAUGGGCCAGCAGCCGACGUUUGCUCAACAAGAUUCCCAGCGACCUUGGACACCGACAGAAUUACCAGGCACCCAGCCACAUGGUCCUCCAACCGUCUAUCAAGGUGCGGAAGUGGUGAGUGGAGCACAGCAGCAGCAACCAGCGCAAUAUGCUGGUCAUGCUGCACAGCAGCAUCCUGGUCGUUAUGGAAGCCCUCCGAUACAACAACAUUCAGUGCCAUAUGCCAGUCCUGCUGUCCAACAACAACAACAACAACAACAACAACAACAACACCCUGGCCAGUAUGGUAGCCCUCCGCCACAGCAUCCUGGUCAAUAUGGUAGCCCUCCGCCACAGCAUCCUGGUCAAUAUGGUUCCCCUCAGCCUUCUCAGACCAGUCAGUAUGGCAGUCCUCAGUCUCAGCACCCUGGUCAAUACGGUAGUCCUGCGCCCCAGCUCCAGCAGCAGGCACAACCAGGGUCAUCCGAGCAGCCGGGCAGGAUUCCUUCCAAUGCCUUGGAGAAUGACAUGGAUCGCAUGCGUAUAAGUGAUGAGCCUCCUCCUGCGUACUCCAGCGUUUCAGGUCCAAAUGGUGCCAAUGGGUAUCGCAACGAGAAACCAGGCUCUGCAGCAGCGGCUGCUGCCACUGGUGCGGCAGCUGCUGCCGCCGUUGGGAUGGCCGGUCAUCCCGCUGUUGCAAACCAGGGCCAUCCUGCCAUGGCCUCCGCAUCAUCUCCUGCACCUACCACCUCGACCGAAGGACAUCCGGCUUUUGCAAACGAUCCUCGACAGCAGUCGGGUGCAGGUCAGUCACCGCAGAGUGCAGUUACAAAUGGGCAUUCCCAAUUCCAACCGCAGCAGACACAAAUGCAUGUUCAACCACUUCAGCAACAGCACCCGGGCCAGGUUGCUUCCCCGGCGCCUUCGGGGCCACCUCCUGCAUCUCCGCCACCUUUGCCCGAAGGAUGGAUCGCGCAUUUGGACCCAAAUUCUGGACAGUACUACUACAUUCACUUGGCCACACAGUCAACGCAAUGGGAGUUCCCCAAGGGUCCAACUCCGUUAAACUUGAAUGAGACACCUCUUUCGCCCGUCGGGAGUGUAUACAGUAGUCACCCCUUGUCAUCCCCCGGUCUCUCCGCAUUUGGGAAACCAUUGGCAUCUCCUGGUGUGCCUUUAACACCCGGGUUUGAGAGUCUUCAAUCGCCUUUGGCAGGUUUCUCGGGCCCUCCACCCAGCAGUGGUAUGGACUUGUACAAGACUGCCCCCACUAACGGAGUGUACUUUGGACCUUAUCUGAGAUACACCAAUAUGGACAUCGAGCGCGGCCUCUGGCUUGGUUCUAUUCUCCUCGUGACCGAUGCCGCUCAGCCGCCCACGAUCCAUCUUCAUCAAAGUGUGGAUCUCUCUCCAAACCCGCGACAGCUCAAGCCGAUGAACAUCGCGGCUCACCAACGAUGGACCUUCUACAAGUACGAGAUUGACCUGCAAAUGGAUGAUGCAGGUCCUGCCAAGUGGACGUAUGCCAUCACCUCCCACCUUGGCUGCACACGAUACGAGUUCCUAGUCGCCGGUCGCCACGAGACCAAUUGGCGCUUCAUUGCGACCUCCGGCAACGAUUUCUCACUGAGUGUGAAUGCGAACGAGCGCGCUCGCCUCGGUGGGGUGGGCUUCAUGUGGAAGGAUAUUAUGCAGAAGCACAACGAGAUUGGUGGUUUCCACGCACAACUUUGCCUGGGAGGCCAGAUCUACGCUGAUCGUAUGUGGAAGGAAAUUCCAUGUCUCAAGCAGUGGCUUGCGAUGAGUGGCAAAGAUGCCAGAAAAAACGCGCCAUGGACAGCGGCUAAUCAGCAGGAUGUUUCGCACGCGUAUUUUCAUUAUUACACGAGUCAUUUUGAUCAGCCACAUUUGCGGGAAAGCUUUGCUCAGAUUCCUUACAUCUGUCAAAUUGACGAUCAUGAUAUCUUCGACGGGUUUGGCUCAUACCCCGAGCACAUGCAGUUCUCAAACAUGUUCAAGAACAUUGGCCGGAUCGGCAUCGAGAUGUAUCUUCUCUUCCAGCAUCACACGACGCUCGACAUCUUGCGUAAUGUCAAUAACGACACAGACCUGUUCACCAUCACGGGUACAGGGUGGCACUUUGUCAAGUUCCUCGGACCUGGUGUUGUUGUCGUCGGACCCGACUGUCGCUCGGAGCGCAAUCCGCACCAAGUCAUGGCUGGGCCUACCGUGCAGCAUUGCCUGUGGAUGAUUUCUAUGCCAUUGAUCUACCCCCGAUUGGUGACGGCAGAGCACGUUGCGCAAACUGUCGCGACCGGAAAGAGGGCCGUGACCGGCGCAUACAAUGUGUUGGGUAAAGUGACCAGCUCUGUGGCAGGCGUUGUGGGAGCAAAGGACUUUGUUGGAUCAGGCUUUGACUCUGUCAAGCGUGCUGUUGGAAAGUCCGGAUUGAUGGGAGGUAUUCUGAGCCCAUUUGGAGAGUUUGACCUCAUGGAUGAAUUGCGUGAUCAGUGGACGCAUGAGUCUAAGGACCUGGAGCGAACAUAUCUGAUUCGCACACUCCAAGGAAUCGCCCAUCAAAAAUCCAUCCGAAUGACCUUCCUCUCUGGCGCCGUCAACGUCUGUGGUGCAGGCCUCGUUCAUGACCCAUCAAACCCAUCCAAUCACAAAACCAUGUACCAGCUCAUCGCCUCGCCCGUGGUCAACAACCCGCCCCCAUCAUAUAUUGUCAAGAUCCUCCACGGCAGCUCCAAGCCCCUCUACGUGCCCGCAAAUGGUCAUCGCUCCACCAAUCAACCCACAGACACCAAAGAAGACAUGAUGGAGAUCUUUCAGACGGAUGUUAACGGACAAGCGCGUGAGCAUAAGAAAUUGAUGGCCCGUCGCAACUAUGUCGCCAUCGUGGCGUAUGAUCCUGAUGUUGUCUCCACCCCUGCAUUUGGAAUGCAGCAUCAAGCCUUCAGUGCGCAAAAGGCCAAGCUGAGUCUGGCGGCAGAUUUCAUGGUCCAGGGUGAUGGUGCCUAUGCAAAUGUGGUCAAGUUCGGGCCGGUCAUUGUGCCUAGUUUGGAGGAGGGUCAAUAG